CAUUAUGGCGGUAGUUUCGAAGAACGAUCCAUCUAAAGCAAUGAAAUUGUAUGUUAGCAGCUAUUCAUUGUAAAAUAAUGGCUACACAACAGAAGCGCUCAUCAGAAAACUACACCACACCACAGUUUGGCAAUACAUUGAAGUCAAGGUUGUCACAGAGGUUCACUCCAAAGAGGUUUACCCCUUACGGGAGAACCCCACAGAGUCGGAGGAUUGCAACAGUAUUACCAUCCACUCAAGGCAAAAGGAAAACAGUCAGAGCAAAAUCAAAAACCCAAUCUGAGAGUGUUGCUGAAUCGGGAGAGUUCAAAGGGUUCACCAACAAAACAUGGAGAGUGUUCAAGUUAUCUCCCCUGUACAAGUUCAGCAGCUCCUCAAAAGACCUUAAGCGAUAUGGCCAGCUUUUGUCUUCCUGUGUAGUAGCGGCCAGUCAGAAGGGAAUGUUUGUGGAGAACAAUAUCUCUGGAAAGGCACUGUUCUGUAUCCAAGACGGACUGAAAAAGAGUGAAUAUGACCCUGAUGCUGUACAAAUUUUGAUAAAAGGAAAGAGGAGUGCAGGUACUACAGACACCGUCCUGCUGACAGCCACACUCUGUGGGGUGGAGAUGGAGGGGGAACAGCUGGGUCCAGAUGUGAAGGACCAUUUUACCUACUACCCUGUACUCCUUGUGAAAUCUACUGUAGCCCUCACUGAUGUCCUUAUCACCUGGCUCCAGAUGCAUUUUGACUGCAAAGUUACCCCAAUGGUUUUUCCUCCUGUACAUCUUGCCUGGAUGAUUGGUAUGUGGAGUGGAGCUCUGGCAAAUACAAGUCGUAAGAAGAAGCCUGUAGAACUUGUCUAUCAGGUGCCUAGUGAAUGUGAGGGAAUCAAGAAAGUCACAUACACCAUAGAAGCAGAAGAUUGUCUUAAAGUUUGGAACAGCAUUCAUGAUCACAGAUCAGAUAUGUUCACAGAAGAGGAGAUGACAACUUUCCUUUCGUGUCUAGAGGAACAUUUUUAUUCGCUUUUUAGAAUAAAGCUAAAUGCAAUGCAGUUGUCAUGUGUUGGUACUUCCUUAUGUUACAUUGGUAGAGAGGGUUUACUUAAGAUUUAUUCAGAAGAGCAUGUGAUUUCUAUUCUGAGACAUCUGACAGAAUUAUCCAUUGAACAUUUCACUCUUGUGUGACAAGCUUAUCAUAUGAAGUUAUAUUUGUGCAAUAACUUUUUAUACAGAAGAUUAAAGACACAGUUUUCUUUAAACAGUAAUCCCACCCCACCCCACCCCCACUCCCAUACUUUAGCCUUUUCUUAAAAAAAAAAAAAAAAAAAAAGAAGUGUAAAUUGCAGUCUUGAACUGAAAUAUCCUACUUAAUUAUUCACGUCUACUUCAAAUUGAGAUGAAACCAAGACUGGCAAUAAAUCUUAAAUUAAAUUUUCAGACACAUGGGGGGGGGGGGGGGGGGGGGGGCUGUCCCCGACUUUUUUCCAAAUAUAACCUUUUACUGUUGACAAUUUUCAUUGAAAGGGAGGUUGGCCCACACUUUUUUUGGCAGUAAAGUCAAAUUGUCCCAUGAUAAUGCAUUAAUAAAGGACAGGAUAGACUAAGACCCUUUUUUGCCCCCUAGCUUGGGGUUUCUCUAAGGACAAUGCAAUAGUUCAUCAUAAAAAAACUUGUGGUCAUCUCCGAUUCAAAGUGAAUAUUGAUUUUAAUUUGUCUCAUUUUAAGAACAUUUUCAUCAAUUUUUAAGCAGAUUAUGCUUCAGAAAACACAGAGCACAAGCUUGCCUAUCUACCAAAGUUAAAUAUUUCAUGCACAAGUACAUGUAUCACAUGCAUCUUAUAAAAAUCUCAGAUAGGCAAGCUUUUGCUCUAUGUUUCCCGAAGUGAAAAGCAUUAAUUUUCAAAUUUGGCAAAAUUCCACCAGGAGUGAAGAAAUUUGGUAAAAUGUUGUACUUUGGCACCCUCUUGUGGCCUCCUUGUAUGCUUUGAUCAAAUUUAGUGCUGAUUUUGAAACAAGCAUCAUUUAAAGUUCUUGACUGCAAACUAUCACAAUUUUAAGGUGUUUUGAUUUUUAUGUCAAAUAGGGGGCCAAAUUCAGCUGUAUCCAUACCUUGUCCUUUGUGGAAAAAGUUGGAACUCCAUUGUCAAAUAUUUUUUCUGGCUGCCCCCCCCCCCCUUCAAAAACAAUACUAUAUGUGCUUGAAAUGUGGUGAUAUCUAAAUUGUGGCAUUAAUCUUCUGUCAUUGCUUAAAUGAAUGCAAUUUCCUGGUAUUUAUUUAAAAAUUUCCAAAUUAAUUAAGUAAUCAAUUAAAGUUACAUCCUUUGUCAUUUUUGUAAUUUUCUUUUUAAUUUACAAGGAUGAAAGUUGUUAAAUGAUAUUCAAGUGAUGUUUAAGGCCAAUUGGGCAAUUGUUAUUUAUUUACCUAAAUCAGUUUUAUGAUUUAUCAAUCUUACAUGGUCUGACAAUAUAAUUUUUUUUUAUAAAGUGUCUUUAAAAAAUGCUGCAAUUACAUACACUGUAUGUACAUUUACAGUAUGUAAUUUUUGAAAAUGUUAGAUUGUCUUAUAAAGAAAUUUA